AUGAUCAUUUCCAACAUAAGCAGUUAUAGCACAGGACCAUUCAUCCUAGUAGGAAUCCCAGGCCUAGAGCAAUUCCAUGUAUGGAUUGGGAUUCCCUUCAGUGUUAUCUACGUUGUAGCUGUUAUGGGAAACUGCAUCCUUCUCUACCUGAUCACGACGGAACGUAGCCUUCAUGAACCCAUGUUCUUCUUUCUCUCCAUGUUGGCCCUGACUGACCUCAUCUUGUCCACAGAUGGUGUCCCUAAAACACUGAGCAUCUUUUGGCUGGGAGCUCGAGAAAUCACUUUCCCUGGGUGCCUUACGCAAAUGUUUUUCCUCCACUAUAGCUUUGUGCUGGAUUCAGCCAUUCUCAUGGCCAUGGCCUUUGAUCGCUAUGUGGCCAUCUGUUCUCCCUUGAGAUAUAACACCAUCUUGACUCCCAAGACCAUCCUCAAGAUUGCUGUGGGCAUUUCCUUCCGAAGCUUCUGUAUCAUCCUGCCAGAUGUAUUCUUGCUGACACGCCUGCCUUUUUGUAGGAACCGCAUCAUUCCCCACACGUACUGUGAGCACAUAGGUGUUGCCCGGCUUGCCUGUGCAGAUAUCUCCAUCAACAUCUGGUAUGGCUUUUGUGUUCCCAUCAUGACGGUUAUCUCAGAUGUGAUUCUCAUUGCCGUUUCUUACACCCUCAUCCUCUGCACUGUUUUUCGCCUCCCCUCCCGUGAUGCUCGCCAGAAGGCCCUUGGCACCUGUGGUUCCCAUGUCUGUGUCAUCCUCAUGUUUUACACUCCUGCCUUUUUCUCUAUUCUUGCCCAUCGCUUUGGGCACAAUGUCUCUCGCACAUUCCACAUCAUGUUUGCCAACCUGUACAUUGUUAUUCCACCUGCACUAAACCCCAUUGUCUACGGAGUGAAGACCAAGCAGAUCAGAGAUAAGGUUAUAAUUUUGUUUGGUAAGAAGAGUACAGAAUAA